AUGGAUGCUCUUGUCGUUGGAAUAAAUGGAACGGCCGCCUAUCUCGACGAAAUAUCGGUUACUGGUAGAACCAUCGGCGAACACAAUGCUCGAUUAGAGGCCGUAUUCAAGCGGAUUCGAAACUACGGACUCCGCGUUCGACUCGACAAAUGUGCUUUCCUGCAGACGGAGAUCACCGACCUUGGGUUCGUCAUCAACGCAGAAGGGCGACGCUCCGAUCCAGAAAAAAUCAAAGCUAUCCAGAAAAUGCAAGCUGCGAAAGACGAUCUCUACAAUCUCCGCGCUCCUUUGGAGACUCUAAAGAAAAAGGAUGCUGUCUACAGAUGGACACCAGAGAUGGGAGCAACUCUCUCACAUCGCCUCGCAGAUGGAUGCGAGAAGGUCAUUUACCACGCGGGUCGUUGCCUGACACAACCACAAAAGAACUACAGCAAGAUUGAAAAGGAAGCACUCGCUCUUAUUUUCGCCGUGCAGAAGUUUCAUUGUUCCAUCCAAGGACGACAUUUCACGCUAAGGACUGACCACAAACCACUUUUGGCAAUCUUCGAAAGUAAAGAGGAGUUCCGGUCUCCAGUGCCAAGCGUCUUCAGCGUUGACGUCGUCCCAGUUCACGUCAUUUCAUCGUUUCCGAGGAAUCCUGCCCAUUCGCCGUUCCAUCCACAAAGCAAUGGACAAGUGGAAAGUUUUGUGGACACCUUCAAAAGAGGACUUGCCAAGCUGAAUGGGGAGGAACCAACAGUGGAUACACUACAGACGUUUCUGAUGGCAUAUCGCUCCCCUCCCUGCCCGUCUGCACUUGACCAGCGUUCACCUGAUGAAGCCUUCCUGGGACACCGACUGCGAACGGAAAUCUAA